AUGGAGCGAGCAUCAACGAAAAAAUUAAAAAAUUUUCCUAUAAAUAAAGACAUGUUUACAUCGUCAAAUGUUCAAGAUUUGUUAUCGACUGAUGAGCUAAAAAUUUUAGCUUAUAGACAUAAGCUAAAAAAUUAUGGAAGUCUAUCAAGAGCAAAGUUACUUGAGGGACUUGAACAGAUCCCCAACAGUUUCAACGACAUCGAAGUGAAAAUUGACAAGCCAAUAACUGACUUGUCACAAAUUGAAAAACGAGUUUUAGCUCAACGACUAGGGUUAAAUCCUAGAAAAUUUAAAAAGGAGCAGCUAGAACAAAUCAUCAAAGAGAAAAUCCAAAAAGAAAAUCUCACCAACAUUAAACCUAAACCUGUAAAGUCAAAAAUAUCAAUUAGAAAACCAUUGUUAGAAAAAGUAAAAGAAUUGGGUCACAAAAAUUUUCAGAAUCUCAAUAUUAAGAAACUGAAAGAGCUUCUGACCAAAGAACCAGUCAAACGUAUUUUAAAAUCAGAUCUUUUCAAACAAGCUAAGGAACUUGAUAUUAAUGUCAAAAGUUCCAUGACUAAGAAAGUCAUUCAAGACCUGAUUGAAAAAUUUCAAAAAAUUAAAACAUUUAAAAAAAACUCAGCUUUCAGAGGAUUUGCCAAUCAUUUUCAAUUGGAAGGCUUGCCUCAUAUUGACAUUGAAAACUAUCUCAAUAAAAUUAAAUCAUCUCUUCAAGAUAAAUUGAAAGCUGAAAAUAAGGAAGGAUUAAAAAUUAAUCUAGUCCUCACUAUUCUUAUGAAGAGGAAGAAUGAAUUAAAAGAAUUUCAACUGCGUUCUAGGCACACACUUUAUGUGAGUCAAGAACUAGAUUAUUCCAAGAUGAUUGAAGACUUUCUCAAUGAAUUGGAAAACCUAGUGAACAAAGGUUCAGGUUGGAAAUUUCUAGAAGUCAUCAAGAUGGAACUACAUACCAUCAAUUACACACCUCUGUCAGGAUCAAGCUAUAUUCCAUUACCAUCACAUAUUCAAAAGAAACGAGCAGUCAUCAAUGUCCAAAAUGAUGAUCAAAAAUGCUUCAGAUAUUCAGUAGAAGCAGCAUUAUUAAACUUAGAGAAAAACACAGAACGUGUUUCAAAUUACAAUAAACCUGACUUUGACCACAUGUUCAAAGACCUAGACUAUCCUGUCAAAAUCAAGGAUAUGGAUACAUUUGAAAAGAAUAACCCUGAUUUAGCAGUCAAUGUCUUUACAUUUAUUCCAAAGCAGAAAGAGAAGGGUCUUAUCUACCCCAUUUCACCAGUCAGACUCUCUGAGAGAAAUAUAGAAAAUCCAAUCAAUCUUCUGUACUAUAAAGAUGAGAACGAUAUUCCAGAUAAUGAAAAAAUAGAAGAUGUGAAAGAUAAUGCUAACUACCACUAUGCGUGGAUUAGAACUUUUUCAAGACUUAUAUCUGCCUCACAUUCUAAGCAUGAUGGACAGGUGAAAAUAUGCUUCAGAUGCAUGAAAGUGAUAUCAGCAUCAAAUAGUAACCUUCUCAAUGAAAGAUACAACCAACAUAGUGAGAAUUGUAAAACGUUUGAAUGUGUCAGAGUGAGUAUGCCUAAGGAGCAUGAAAAGAUCAUGGAAUUUAAACAGAAAAAAUUUGAGCAAAAGCAUCCUGUGAUGAUCGUCGCAGACUUUGAAUCAUCGUUGAAAACAAUUGAUCAACAAUUAGGAGAAAAGACUGUUCAAAUUCAAGAACAUAUUCCUAACUCAUUCAGUUUCUACAUAUGUUAUGACACACAUCAAAUUCAGGCUGACAAUCUAUUCGUAGAAUUUAGUGUCCACCAUUCUGAUGAAGAUAUCGGAGAAAGAUUCUGUGAAGAGAUUGAAAAAGCUGUGUAUGACAUUUAUGACAAGCAUUUCACCAAUCCUAAAGCUAUGUUAGCUUUAACCAAAGAAGAAAAGGUGAAGCACAAGACAGCUAAAACAUGUUAUGUCUGUCACAAGGUGUUCACAGAAGAAAAUCAUAAAGUUCGUGAUCACAAUCAUUUCACAGGCAAAUACAGAGGGCCAGCUUGUAAUAAGUGUAACCUUCAAUUACAAGCUCCAAACUUCAUACCAGUAUACUUUCAUAAUCUUUCAGGUUAUGAUGCACAUUUAUUCGUGAAAAAUCUGAAAGGAAGACUGACUGUCAUCGCGAAAAAUUCUGAAAAUUAUAUAUCAUUUUCCAAGGAAUUACACAUCGAUGAGCAUAAAACACUGUCCAUCCGAUUUCUUGAUUCUUAUCGACUUAUGCAGUCAUCACUAGCAAAUUUAGCUAAGAAUCUCCCUAAUGAUGAAAAGAAACAUCUUUCACACUAUUUCAAAGAAGAACAAUUCAAUCUCGUCACGCAAAAAGGCAUCUAUCCUUAUGAAUGGGUAGAUUCAUACCAUAAAUUUGAAGAAACAGCAUUACCUCCUAUCCAAGCCUUUAGCUCAGCCCUCAACGCGACACACAUUUCGCAAGAAGACUAUAAUCAUGCACAACAUGUGUGGAAAACAUUUGGUUGUAAAACCUUUAGAGAUUAUCACAAUUUAUACCUCAAAACAGAUGUUCUUUUACUAGCAGACAUAUUAGAAAAUUUCAGACAGACAUGCAUGACCAUUUAUAAUAUAGACCCAGUGUGGACUUACUCAGCCUCAGGUCUAUCUUGGCAAGCGACGCUGAAAAAAACAGAUGUUAAUAUUGAAUUGUUAACAGAUGCUGACAUGCACCUUUUCUUUGAAUCUGGCAUUAGAGGAGGCAUCUGUCAAGCAAGUCACAGAUAUGCAAAAGCGAAUAAUCCUGAUGUGACAGAUUUUGAUCCAGAAAAGCCUAUCAGUUAUAUCGCUGAUCUUGAUGCGAAUAAUUUAUAUGGCAUAGCCAUGAGUGAAAAAUUACCACAAAGUAAUUUUAAAUGGAUGACACCAUCAGAAUUAAAAAAUUGGAAGAAAAUUCCAUGUAAUUUAGAAGUAGACUUAGAAUAUCCUCAAGAAUUACACGAACAUAUCAAUGGUAAGUUGAUGCUUAAUUUACACAACAAGAAAAAAUAUGUUGUUCAUCACAAAGCAUUAAAAUUCUAUCUGAGCCAAGGUUUAAAAUUGACUAAGAUUCACAGAGGUAUAAGCUAUACAGAAUCAUACUUUUUAAAAGAGUACAUUGACUUAAACACGAGUCAACGAGCCAAAGCGAAAAAUGACUUUGAAAAGGAUUUCUUCAAACUCAUGAACAAUUCAUGUUUUGGAAAAACAAUGGAAAAUGUCAGAGAUAGAAAAAAUAUAAAGCUGACGACUAAUGUCCCUCAGCUUCGAAAAUGUGUCAAUUCGAACAAUUUCAGGUCCAGUAAAAUAUUUGGUGAAAAUUUAAUCAUGGUAGAAUCUCAAAAAUCAGAAGUGUGUUUGAAUAAACCCAUCUUUAUGGGUCAAGCGAUUCUUGAUCUUUCAAAAAUACAUAUGUAUAAUUUUCACUAUAAUCAUAUGUUAAAAAAGUAUGGUGAGAAAGCACAACUGUUGUACACAGAUACAGAUUCUUUAGUCUAUCAUAUUGAAACACCUGAUAUUGACAAGGAUAUGAAACAAGAUGCACAUUUAUAUGACUUUUCCAAUUUUCCAAAAGAUCAUCCCAUGUUUGAUGAAACAAACAAAAAAGUCCUUGGCAAAAUGAAGGAUGAAGAAGCUGGUCACAGAAUCACUGAAUUUAUCGCUUUGAGGUCUAAGUUGUAUGCCUAUACAACGGACCAAGAUGAAGCGGUGAAGAAGUGUAAAGGUGUGAAGAAGAGCGUUGUUAAAAAUGAGAUUUCCUUUGAAGACUAUAAGACAGUACUAUUGGAAAAAAUACCAAUUGAAAAAAGCAUGAAUGUGUUUCGAUCAAGACAUCAUCAAUUGUAUACUGAGAAAGUGAGCAAAGUAGCGUUGAAUGCGAAUGAUGAUAAACGUACCAUAUUAGAAGAUGGCAUCUCCACGAAAGCUCUAGGUUUUAAACAUUAA